GCUGCGGAGCUUUCUUAUAAAGAGAAAUCGAGACUGUCAGGUUAGGCGAAACAGAGAGGACAACGUGGGUGAACUGCUGGUCUCGUCAAUCGCAAAUACAGAUACAGAAUGCGGCGCUUUGCCUUCCUCUGUUUUCUCUCGGCCCUGUCAAUCUGCUGGGCGAGACCACGCCUCUCUCCCUUGUCGCAUGAAAUGGUCAACUACAUCAACAAAGUCAACACUACGUGGAAAGCUGGGCACAACUUCCACAACGUCGACUACAGCUACGUGAAGCGGCUGUGUGGAACUCUGCUGAAAGGACCCAAGCUCCCGGUCAUGGUACAGUACGCCGGAGAUGGUAAGCUGCCUAAGAACUUCGACCCCAGGGAACACUGGCCCAAUUGUCCCACCCUCAAGGAGAUCCGAGACCAGGGCUCCUGUGGGUCCUGCUGGGCCUUUGGAGCAGCUGAGGCCAUCUCUGACCGAUUGUGCAUCCACAGCAACGGCAAGAUCAGCGUGGAGAUCUCCUCCGAAGACCUGCUGACCUGCUGCUCUGACUGUGGCAUGGGGUGCAAUGGAGGCUACCCUUCUGCUGCCUGGGAUUACUGGACAUCAGAGGGGCUGGUGUCUGGAGGACUGUACGACUCCCAUGUUGGCUGCCGUCCCUAUUCCAUCCCUCCCUGCGAGCAUCAUGUGAACGGCACGCGACCCCCCUGCACCGGAGAGGGCGGAGACACACCCAGGUGCCUGACCCAGUGCGAGGAGGGAUACAGCCCCUCCUACAAGCAGGACAAGCACUACGGAAAGCGGUCCUACAGUGUUCCCUCUGAACAGCAGCAGAUCAUGAGCGAGCUCUACAAGAACGGUCCAGUAGAGGGCGCCUUCACAGUCUAUGAGGACUUUUUGUUGUACAAGACUGGUGUCUAUCAACACGUCACUGGUUCUGCACUGGGUGGCCAUGCCAUUAAGAUCCUGGGCUGGGGAGAGGAGAACGGCACCCCCUACUGGCUGGCUGCUAACUCCUGGAACACUGACUGGGGAGACAACGGGUACUUCAAAAUCCUGCGCGGAGAGGACCACUGUGGCAUCGAGUCUGAGAUUGUGGCUGGAAUCCCCCGAAACUAGGACCUUUUAAUCUGAUAGUCGCUCCCUGCUGAGUGUGUGACACAGCCAAUCCCGUUUCCUAAAGGAGAGGGGCUUUCAGUCAUUUGAUGCACUCCAGUCUUCAUAUCUGGCUUCCAUAGUUAUGUGCUGUCCACUUGCUGCUGCUAGAUGACUUUUAAUGAAUAUUGGGGAUUUUUUUCUUUUUUUAAAAGUACUCACUUUGAUUGAACAUCUGUGACUGCAGCCUCUUAGGAGUGUGUCACAGUUAACCCCUUGUGGAUAGAGCGGACUUAGGAUGUUUCUCUCAUUGUGCUCUCAAAGAACAGUACAGAGCACAGGUGGUGAUUUCUGCAAAUGGGGCCCCCUGCUGGCCAGCCAUGAACAAUCACAAAGCCAGUAAGUAGUUGAAUAGAAUGGUGCACUAUAAACCAAUUUUUAAACGUGUUUUUUUGUUUGUUUGUUUUGAAUUUUAUAACUGACAUCUUUGAGCACCUCAGGUUUGUGUGUUUUUCAUAACUUGUGAAAGGUGGAAAUAAACUUUGGAAAAAAUUGGCAGUGUAAUUAUGUAUGUAAUGUGCAUUAAAUUGGCUGUUUUACUUUGCCAUGAUCAGCUCAGAAGUAACCUGAUGGAAAGGUGAUGCGUUAAAUAAACCACUGAACUGAAA